CUACUCUCUCUCUCUCUCUGUUUUAUUAUUCAUUCAUUCAUUUAAUUUGUUAUAUUUGUUUCUUGUUGUCCUAACCUAAGCUAAGCCGGCCGUAAUAGUUAUUAUAAAUAAAUUAUUAUCAUCGUUCGGAGUUGAUUUUUUUUUCUACUCAUCAUCUUGGAAUUACAAUCUCUCUAUUUCAAUUAUAUACAUUGUAAAAUUGAAAAAAUUUCAAAGUUAUAGAAUGAAAAUAUCAUUCUUAAUGUAUACACCACCACCGACAACAUGAAAAAGUCGAGAUUCUUAUGGAUACGUGAUUUACCUGCAAAAUGUAGAGACGCGGAUUUACGAAGUGUUCUACAAAGGCAUGGAUCAAUUCAAAAGAUACGGCUAUUUAAAGAAGGUCAUGAACGUCAAGCUAUUGUUAGUUUUAUGGAUAUAAAAUCUGCAACAUCAGUGAUUAAUACAGAGAAUAAAAUUAAUGAUACUCUAUUAAAAGUGGAAUAUUGUGAUUCAGGUGAUGCUGUUGUUAUUACAGGCAGUGGAGGAAUUAUAAAUCAUAAAAGUAGUACUAAUAACAAUAAUACUAAUAAUACAUCACAUCGUAAUACUGAUAUAUCAAAUCAAAUGCCGACAGCAUUGAAUACUAAUAAUAUGGAUCAUAAAACAGAAAAGGUUAACUCUCUGCAUAAAGGAUCUAAUGAUUCACACCAUCAUCAUCAGCAUCAUCAUCAUAAUUCGCUGCCUAACAAUGAACAACUAGGCAGAGGUCCAUUGAUAUUUAAACGUAGUACCAGCAAUAAUACCAAUAGUAAUAAUAAUAAUUCCUCAAAUCUUACAUCGAAUGUUCAAAUGUUCAAUCAAGUAUUUCGUCCAGUACAAAGUUCAACAUUAACAACAACAACAACACGUAUACCACCACCAACAUCAUCAACACCAACAACAAAUACAUAUCGUGGUUUAAAAAUUAGUGAUUUACCACCAGCGAGUAAGCUAUCUGAUGCUCAAUUAAGACAAAGUUUAUUUACGGAAUUUCGACGUUGUGGUCGUAUUCAGUCGAUUGUAUCACCGCCACCUUCGACAACAACAUCAGCAACUAGAAUAGCUAUUGUAACAUUUCGACGUCCAGAAGAAGCUGAAUGUGCUUAUCAAGCAAUUCAAGGCGGAGCUAAAAUAUUAUUCUCUACUCCUGUUACUGUUGAAUUACAUCCAGGUACAAAUGGCACUGAUGAGAUAUCCGUUAAACGUUCUUCAGCAGCGUCAAGCACACCUUUGGGAGUAAAUAUCAAAAUGAAUGAUAAUAAUCAUCACUUAACAGUUCAUUCAUCCUUGUCAUCAUCAACACAGAAUAAUAAAACACUGAAUUCUACUCAUUCAACAAGUGAAGAUCAACAACAACAACUCAUGCUGAAUAAAUCCCCGACAAGAACUCUACAUGUUGCUGGUCUUACAGUCGGACCAACUGGUCCAGUAACCUCUGAACAAUUGACUACAGCAUUUCGUAAAUUUGGUGAUAUAAUAAAUGUACAACUCAAACCAAGUUCACAUUCAGCUCUUAUACAAUUUGCUGAAAUGCGUGGUCCAAUACGUGCAAUGAAUGCACAUGCACGUGAACCUUUACGUUUAGGCGGUCGUCCACUUUCACUUGCCUAUACACCAAGUACACCAACAACAUGUUUAUGGGUAUCAGAUUUACCAGCAUCAUUGGCGGGUUUAUCACAUGAUGAAUUAUUACAUACCCUAUCACAAACAGCUCCUGUUCAAGAGAUCGCUCUUAUCAAUCGUAAUGAUCAAAGUUCACGAACUCAAUCGACUGGAUCGAUAUCUGCGUCGACAUCACCAUCACAAUCACAGUCAUCCACUCAAACACCACAUUGUGCUGCUUAUAUUAAAUUAAAUUCUACUGAACAUGCAAUACGUUUAUUAAAUGAAUUACGCUCUGGCAAGUAUUCAGUGUUAUCAUCAUCAUCCGCGUCAACCACAACGUCAGCGACAACAACAACAACAACGUCAUCUACUGAUUCAGAUAAGGCGUCAUCAACACGACGUCCUAUAGCAGUUGAUUUUGCCAGUCCUAGACAAUCAAAUAUUGUUGCUAAUUUACAGUUGAAUGCUUCAAGAUCAUCACUUAAUUCACAUCGUGUUAAAAUUAUCUCCUCCUCCUCCUGUUCCUCCGCCUUCUCUGCUUCAAAUUCAAUCGAUCGAUGGGAUUCCGCGAUGAGUAAAGCAUCGACCAAUAAUAGUAAUAGUAAUCUACAAUUACCUAGUGCAUCAUUAGCCAGUACAACGCUGACAUCAAAAUCAAUGGAUUGCGGUAACAAUGUGCAUACAAAAGCCUCCUUGUUGUAUAGUACUACGACUACGACAACGACGACGACGAAUAGCAACAGUAGAACAACGACAACAUCACAGCCAACAAUCACCUCUGCAUCUAGUCAUACUAUUCCUCCUUUUAAUCAAGAUAAUCUGUUGAACAGUUCAACGCCACCGACAACAACAACAACAACACGAACAUCAUCGAUGAAUAAACAAUCCGAUGUUGGGGGAGAAGGAGGAAGAAUAUCUAGUCGUCAUAAGUCGUCAUCAACAACACGAUCAAAUUCGAAAUCUUCGACUGAUCAUCGUAUCCCUUCUCAACCUCAGACUACUCAGUCAAACAACAACAAUAAUAGUAAUGUGUUGUUGUCAAAUCGUGUUGCUGCCGCUUCUGCGGCAGUCACCGCCACCGCGACUGCCACUGCCGUCUCCACCGCCUCGUAUCCUCAACAACAAUUAUCAAGAAAUUGUUUAAAACGUUCACAUGACGGGACUAGUCCGGCUAGUAGUUUGAGUACAAGCAGUAUGAGCAGUAGUAGUAGUACAAGUGUGAGCAGUGAUGACGACGAUGAUGAUAGUUCGACCAGCAGCAGUAGUACAAGUUCCAGCAGUAGUAUUAGUAGUGUUAGCAGUAGCAGUGUCAGUAGUCUCAGCAGUAGUAGUAGUACUGGCAGUAGUGGUACAUCGAUAUCGUCUAGAAGCGCUUCGUCUCGUCAUCGUCGACGUCAGAAUACGACUAUCACCACUAACAAUAAUAAUAAUAAUAAAACCUUAUCAGGAAAAAUCAAUACCACCAGUCACAACAAUAACAGUAGUCAUAAAGUUUCAAAAUCUCUUGAUUCACAUACCACUACGAUGACGACGGCUUCGCCGACUCUGACGAAUACAACUACGACUCCUAUGGAUAUCGAUAAUGAUAAUAACAGUGAUAAACGCUUGAAUAAGCCUACAGAACGUAAUUUAUCCUCUUUAUCCAGUGGAAAAUGUGAUCCUAUCAAAUUACAACAGAAAUCUAUGCUGCAUACAAAUAAAUUAUUAAAGAAAGAAGACAAUCGUUCAAAAAAGACUGCGGAUUCAUCAUCAUCGUUACACUCGUCUUCGUCGACUGCAAAGUCAGCUGGUGAUUCAAAUUCAUCCUGGUUAACUGAUCCAAACUCGGAUUCAUCAUUUAUGCAACAACAACCUUUGAGAUUGAUGACAAUGAAUUCCUCUGGUGGUGGAGGUCGUCUUUCUAGUCCUGGAGGAUCGUGUUCUUCUCUGUUGGGUGGUAGUAAUACCUCAAACAACAGUAGUGUUCGUCGAACCCCUAGUAGUAAUAAUAAUAAUACUAGUGGUUUAGUAGAAAAUCUAUCGAAUAGUUGUCAAUAUGAAUUCCUUGGUCCAUCGACGAAUCAGCAUCCUCCUCAUCAUUCAUCGUUGAGACUGUCAACAACCACUCCUACGUCUACGCCGACGUCGACUACUACGAUUACCCAACCAGUCAUCAGUCAUACUACAACAACACCGCCAACAGGUUUAAUAAUGAUGGGCGGAGAGUUUAGAGUGAGUCCAACACCGCCACCACUGCCGACAAGAGUAUAUUCUACUAGUGGAGGGAGCAGCGGAGUAAGUAGUGGUGGGCCAAGUUUUAUUAGUAGUAGUAAUAGUAGUACAAAUAGCAGUGGAAGUGGAAGUACUGGGAGUAGUAGUCCGUUAACAACAGCAACAACAAAUCAUCAUCCUUGUCAAUUAAAAUCGUCGAAUCAACAGUCUCAAUAUCAAUUGAAAGUGACUUCAUCAUCUUCAUCGUCAUCUCCUUCACUGAGAAGUAAAAAAAGUCAUCAUAUAGGAGGAGGAGGAGGAGUACAUCUCCUACCAUCGAAUUCUACACUGACAUCAUUGUCAUCAUCACCGCCAAAUUCUAACAGUCUGUCUACUACAACUGCAACCGCCGCCACCACCAGCACCACGACGACCACGACACCUUUAACAGUUUCCAUUAAACUGACUGGUAUUCAUCAUAGAUCCUGUCAAUCAAGUAGUAGUAAUCUAAUCUCACCAGGUAGUCUUUCAGAAACUAGCGAUGUUAACAGUGGUAGUAUUCACAAUAAACAUGAUUCUUUACCGUUGACACCAGUUUCAGCUCCACCACUUGGUAUGCGGAGUAGUCGUGGUAGUGGUGGUGGGGGUAAGACAUCACGUCAUUCAUCUUCAUGUUCAUCAUCAACAACUACUGAUCCUAGACGUCAUAGUAUUGGAAUUGAACCGACUGGUGGUGAUGGUAGUGGAACAAUAACAAAUAAUAAUGAUUGUUUAACAGAUUGGUGGAGUAAUGAAUCCCCUGUGUAUGAAUCAAUGUAUGAUAAAAUAAAACGUCGUACAAACAAAGAAGCUGAAGAACGUCGUCAACGUCAACUUGAUGCAACACGUGAGAAAAAGAAUAAAAAACAAAGAAAAAAAGAGGAACAGCACCACCACCAUCAACAACAACUGAAUACAACUUCACCGUCAUCAUCAUCAUUAACUGGUCAUCAUAUAAUGCAAAUGUCAUCGCCGGAUUCCUUGAGUAAUGAACAACAUCAUUACAGUGAUGGUGGUAGUGGUUGUGGGGGUAGUGGUAAGCUGAAUACAUAUCCGUCGAGUAUGGGUGGUGGGUGUGGCCAUAAAUCCUCAGCAUCAUCUUCAUCGCAUCAUUCAACGACAAGUACAAGUUCAAGAUGUAAAGUAGACGGGAAUAAUACUAAUAAUCACAAUAAUCGAUCCUUGUCAAAUAAACGACAAAAGCCUGAAACAAUGCCUACAGUACACUCUUUCCUUGAAGACAAUAAUAAUAACAAUACUAUCAAUCACUUAUCCUCAUCUCAAUGGAAUUCACGCACAGAUCGAUUAUGUACUAAUCCAAAUGAAUCUGAUUUAUAUUCACGUCGAAUGUCCAGAAAUAAUAAUACAAUGACUAUUGAUAAUAAUAAUAAUACAUUAUCAAGUGGAAAACAUGAUUAUCCUUCCCAUCAACAACAUCAUCAUCGUGAUCGUGAUCGAGAUCAAGAUCGGGAUCAUCACAGUGCUCGUCGACGUCAUCACCAUCAUGAACAUCAUCAUCGGAGAAGAAGACGAAGAAGAAGUAUUGUCAGUUCAUCAUUAUCCUCGUCAUUAUUAUCUACUGAUGAUGACGACGACGUCGUUGACCAUAAUGAUAAUGGUGACGAGGAGGAUGAUGAAUGUCAUUCCAACUCUCCACCAGAAACAUUAACACGAUUAAGUUUAGGCAUGCGAUUCCCUGUCUCAGCUACCUAUCAUGAGUGUAUACGACCGACAAAAUCUACUCCACCGAAUCGUAAUCAUAAUAAAUGGUCAAAUUUAAGCGAUGAAGACGGCGAGAAUCUCAAUCAUCAUCGUGAUAAUAAUGAUCAUAAAUACCAUAAUAACCAUCACCGCCAUCACCACCACGAUGAUGAGGAGGAGGCGGAUGACAGAUUAAGCCAGUUGAGUUCAUCUUUAUCCUAUUCAAGUAACAAUGAUGGUGAUGGUGAUGCGGAUGCGGAUGAUGAUGGUGUUGGUGUUGGCGCUGACAGACGUAAGCAUAAUAUUGUUUUAAGAUUGAAGAAUUCAAACAAACGAAAAUCUGAUCAUUAUGAUCAUUCAACAAAUAAAUUGAACAGUAAUUACAACACCAACACCACCAUCCCCACAACAACAACAACAACGGGCUUUAAUUCAUCUACACCAUACAAUCGUAAUUGGAGGGACAUAAAUGAAAGUAGAAAUAAUAAUAAUAAAUCAAUUACAUCAGAUUGGAAGAUGUCCACGACACCAGCAACAACGACAAAGACAGAGAAGAAAUCAAAAUCUCAUCAUAACACCACCAACAACAGCAGCAGCAAAAAGACGACUGCGCCUACUGGCGUUGGUGUUAACAACAAUCCCACCAGUAGAAGAACAGAGAAACAGCUCUUCAAAUCUCUGUCAUCAACCAAUACUAACAAUAGUAAUAAUAGUAAUGCCGAGAAACGUAAAUUAUCUUCAGAUAAAAUUCUAUAUGAUCAUAAUAAUAAUAAUAAUAAUAGUAAUAGUAACCUGUUAAAAAGACGACAUAAUGAUAAUUAUUCAUCAAAGUCCACUUCUGAUAUACAUCAUCCGAAUAAACGUAAAAAGCUUAGUGUUGUGAAUAACAAUACUACUACUAAUGAUACUACGAAAAGUAGAAACAACGGGAAUGAUACUAACAAUAAUAAUAAUAAUAAAAUGUACAAUUCUGCUGUAAAUCAUAAUCGAUAUUGUUCAUCACCGAAACUUUCGAGCCUCCGUAAUCAUCACCAUCCUUCUCCUUCUCUACAUCACCGAAAACGAGAGGGACUUCGACAUCGAGAACAUCGGCAACAACAACAACGUCAUCGUCUUCAUAGGGCUAAACAAUCCUAUUUCUCUGAUGAGGAGGAAGAAAAUGGUACAAUGAUAGACUCUGAAAUUGAAGAAGAUGUUAAAGACGGUAACUUUUUUAUCAAUGGUGGUCGUAAUAGUAGUAGUCGGGGUACAACAGCAACAACACUGAUUCAUAAAACUCGAAAAUCAUCAUCCACUAUAUUCUUGACAUCAUUAUCAUCAUCAUCACCUGGUGGUAUGCUGCCUAGUGAAAAUGAUGAUCAUGAAGAAAGCUUUUCAAAUGAAUCUCAUCUUUUAUAUAAUUAUAAAUCUCAUUUAUUGCACAGUCCAAAUUCAAGACGUUAUCAUCAUCUUCACCAUCACAGUCAUCAUCAGCGUCAUCAUCAUCAUCAUGAAUCAGAUGAUUAUGCUAGAAAACAGAAAAAAGAAACCGAUGAUCUGUUCACUUUGAAUACGCUAAGUAAUCGUCUUCAUCAAUCCAGAGGUGUUGGUAUUGGUGGCGGCGGUGAUUCAAUGUUGUUUGAUGCCUUACUUGAUUCAGAUCGUCUUUCAGCUAAUUCAAAAUCGACUAUAUCAACAGAACCAAUGGAACAAGGUGAACUCGACGAUGAGGAUGUGGAUGACAAUCAUGAGGAUGUUGACGAAGAAGAUGAUGUCAUGAUGAUGAAUAGUAAUAGUCCAUGCCUGAUGAAAUUCCAUACUACAACUGACGACGGAGAAAAUGAUGAUGAAGAGGAUGAUGACUGGCAUUCUGGUUUAGCAUCAAGUUCACCGCAUCCAGUCCAUCUAGAAUUUGAUGAGGAUGAUGAUUGCGGGGCCGGCAGUCGUGCCUGUCGUAAUGAUGAAGUUGGUGAAGAUUGUGAACUGCUAGGCGGAAGUGGAGUAGAAAGAGGAGGAGGCGAUAAUAAAACUGAACUCAAGCAUACCUAUCAUCAUCAGUGUAAUUCACCUGUUGGAAAGCUGUUAUCAUCUCAUUCUAUGAUGAUAGAAUCGUCAUCAGAUGAUGGUGAUGUUGGCGAUGGCGAUGAUGAGAAGCCGUCUUCUAUCAUCCAUAGUGUAAAAAAUCAACAUAUUUUAUCCUCUUCUUCUUUCUCUUUAUGUCUUCAUGAAGAUGAAAAGAAAUUUGACAGUAGUUUCGGUGAAUCAGAAUGUCAGAAUUAUAAUAAUGACAAUAAUAAUGCUAAUACUAAUAGUAAUAGUAAUAUUGUAAAGGUGUCCAAUUCACCAAAUCAAAUGAAUCGACUAUCUCCUAUCGAUGAUAAACGACAACAUCUCUCGUUCAAUAAACAAGACUUAGAAGAUCGACGAACAUCAACACCUGUUUGUGUUGAAGAAGAUGAAGAAUUGCCUUCAAUGAAAAUUGAUAAAUCUGAGCUGAAGAACUCUUCUCCUGCUCUCCCACCGCCUUCAAUUCAAUCACCUAUAGGCAUCGUCAAUACACCCAAAGUGGAUAAUAAUGAUAAUAAUGACCUACCGCCAACACUUUCGUUACCUUCGGUGACUACUGCUUCUGUGGCUCCUGCUGCAAGUAAUAGUACUAAGCAUGAAGAUAUUUCUAAACUUGUUACUGAGGAUCAUCAAUCAUGGCUGGUUAAUGUAGUUGGACAGUUGAGAACAUGUAAAUCUUCCACAGAUCCUACUACCCCUACUACUACUACUACUGCCACUACUACAAUCACUGUUCCCUCCUUAUCAUCACUGAAUGCAUACACUGAUCCGGGGAAAAUUGCUAAUAAUAAUAAUUCUCUUCUGACUACUACUACUACUAUUAAUCGAGGUGAUGCAAUGAUGACACCGACGAUGUUGACGAAAUCAUCUCCAAGAAUUAUUGACAACAAUACAUCCUUGUCAUCAUCAUCAUCUUCAUCGUGUGCUAUUGUUGUUUCUAAUUCCUCGAUGCUUACUACUACUACUACUACUACUGCCACAAACAUAGCAACAACGACGACAACAACAACAGCAAUAACAACACAAUUGCAUGAUUCCAUAUCGACACCAGUUUCAACGUCAACGAUGGUUGGUGUUGCUGGUGGCGGUGGGGGUGUUAUUCCAAGGCUAAUGAAUCAUAAUGCCUCAUCAUUAAUCCUGGAGAAUAAAACUGUUUAUACGAAACAAUCACCUUCAGAGAAUAGUUCUAUCCAUCAUCCAGUAACUCGUCAGACAUCAUACUUGAAUAACAAUAAUAAUAAUAAUCAUAGUAAUAUGAAGCCUAUAACCUCUUUAUCGUCAUCGUCAUCAACAAUGCCAUUGAAUUCCCAGCCUACCGAAGUACACGAUAUUACACGUUAUGUACAAAGUGUUAUUGAACGUGUUAAAGCUGAACGUGUUGAAGAGAAUCAACAAGCUGCAGCAGCGGCGGCAGCUGCUGCCGCAGCAAAUUCAACUCAUUGUCAUCACAGUCACAACCAUCAUCAGUAUCAUCAUUCAACAACUACCGGUAGUACCACACCUCCUGUGACAGCAUCGUCGUCAACUACAUCAUUUCCAACUGUCUCUAUUAAUAAUCAACAUUAUCACUAUCAACAACAAAAUCAAGGCUUGAAAGGCUCCAAUGAGACGAUGAUGAAUACAUUGCCUGGAUUGAUUACCACCACCAACACAUCACCUCAUAAUAACAAUUCCACCACUAGUACUACGAAUAAUAAACGAUCAUAUGGUAAUAGUAGUAGCGGAGGUGGUGUUGUUGUUAGUGGAACUGGUGGUAGUGGUCCACAACGUCGUUCACUGUUAGUCACUGCAAGUACAUGUGCUCCGGUGAAAAAUACCACACCGUCGAAUAGAUGUGGUAAAUCUACUCAUCCAAAUGCUGUAACACAUAUCUUGAAUAAUCCUAUUGAUGAGUCGGUGAUUCAUACAACUUCUUGUUGUACUACUACACCAAGCAAUACAGUUUCAUCAUCAUCAUCAUUGGAUGUACAAUUACCAUCUAUACCUGGAGUGAAUGCAUGUGCACCAUUGAAUUUACCUGUUAGUCAAGUCAAUCCUACUCCAACUGCUGUUUCUGUGAUCACUACUACUCCGACGACUACUCCUACUAAUACUACGCAUCACCAACAUCAACGUGUAACAAGACAAUCUUCUAGUACACUUGAUAAUUUAUCACAGAUAUCGUCUAAACGUGUGGCAGAUAGUUUAGAUUCGACUCCUGUCACAACGACACCACCAACAACAACAACAAUAACUACUACUGCAACAGGCAGUCGACGUCAACGACGAUCUGAAUCAAAAGCAAGUGUCCUGCCUGUCACUUCAGUGUCAACAGAUCCAAUUCAUCCAUCCUUGAUGACAACUAGUACUGGUAACACCUUUUCGUGUACUCCAACAUCUACAAUCAUGACUAAGUCAAUAGAAUCUAGCCUGUCUAGUCAUCAUUCUGUACUGUCAUCAACAAGUUCUGUACAAAUGUCACAUAGUGGAGUGUUAUCUUCUUCAAAUGAUCAUAUACAAAAAGUGAAGCGAAGUACUACUACUCCUACUGCUACUGCCGCCGCUGCUGUUGUCCGUACAUCUAUUGAUCCGUAUGAACCAAAUUUCGAUGAAGAAUCACCAAUAGGAUUUAAUCCAGCCCAGUUACAUCCUCAUCGAGUAGCCUCACCAUCAUUGUGUCCAUCACCGAAUUCUGUUCAUCAUUCACAUCAAUUGCGCAAAAUAACUACAAACUCUACGGCGACGACGACAUCAACAAUAACGACAAAUUCACAAUCAUCACUUCCUACUGUUUCUUUAUCGAUUAGUUCAUCUCCGUCACCAAUCAAUCCUUCUUCAUCAUCAUCAUCAAUGUCAUUAUCGUCAUCAGGACUUAUAAUAGUUGAUUCUAAACCACUUCGAAGUACUGAAAUGGUGCCAUGUACAACAACAGCUACGACAGCAACACCAACAACAACUGUUGCUAUCACUACUACUUCACAGCCUGAUACUGAUCAGCCUAAUGUUGUUGUCAAUAUCCCAUCCACUUGUCAUUCAGUGAAUACAGUAGAUGAAGUGAUUAGUGAGGUGUGUGCUGGUCAUUUUGAUGUUCAAAGCUACUUUAGAAAUUGGAUUUCCACAGCAGCGGCUACCACCACUACGACCACGACUACUGCGGCGGCGGCUGCUGUCGUCGCUCCUCCGCCUACUACCAUAACUACUACUCCAGCAGGAGUACCAACUAAUACUCAACAACAACAGCAACAACAACCCAAAGUUACUGUCAACACUAUCCAACUACAAGAAUGUCUAAAUGCGCCUACCACCACUAGUGUAUCGAAUGUUUCAACGUGUCCUACAGUCAGUACGACUAUUAGUAGUAGUAGUAGUACUACUACUACUCCUACAGUUACGACAACCAGUUUACCAUUACAAUCUACUAAUCCAGGUAUAGUAACCAAUCUAACUGGUACACCGACAGGAAUACCAUUCUCAUUGCCGAUUACAAGUGAACCAAUUGUUGCUGCUGUCACCAUACCAACUGGAAAGACUAGUAAUUUAGGCAAGAAUGAUUCAAGUAAUGGUAUAAAUAUUGGGACUGGAAGUGCAGUGUUAAACACUCUACUUGCUGCACUUCAACUUAUUCCAGGCAGUCAAGUAACAGUGACUGGACCAGCAGCAGCAGCUGGAGUUGUUGGAAAUUUAACAGCGAAUAAUUCACGUACAAUAUCUGCAGCGACUAUCACUCUACCUGUGAAUGCAGCACAACAAGCGGCAGCGAAUAUAAAGGCUGCUGUUUUAUCUGUUACAAAUGCCAACAAUCAAGGUAAAACAAACAAUCUAAACUGGAAUCAACAAGAGUCAUCGUCAUCAUCAUCAGCGACAUCAGCAGGAGUUGUUAAUAAAAAUCAAAAUGAACAACUUAGUGUUAAAGAAGUGAAUACUAUGAUGCAUAAAGUGUUUAAUCCAAAUGUUUCUACACCCCACUCUAAUAAUAAUAGUAAUAAUAACAAUAACAAUAUUCAGUCUAAUGUUAUGCAUAAUCGUUUGAUGAAUACGCCUACACAACAACUGAAUCCAUCAUCACAGGUGAUUGUGUCCACAGCUUCAGGUCAAUCAUUACCAUUUGUUACACCACAGCAUACGAAUAUGAAUACUCCUCCUCCUCCUAAUCUAACUCAUCGUCAAUAUCCUAAGUCAUUACAACAACCGAAUGAGUCUAUUGUCUCCAGCUCAGCAUCAUCUGCUCCUCCACUUUAUCAAUUACAAAUGGCUAUGGAGUCAGCAUCUAAUAAUCGACCACCGCAUCUUACAUCAUCAAGUGAACAAAAACCACCACCACCACAACAGCAGCAGCAGCAGUUGAUUCCUCCACCUGUGUUUACGUCAUCCUCCUCAUCAGCAUUAUCAUCGGCGGGGAAAUAUUCAAAUAUUCAAAUGACUCAUGCAUCCAAUCCACAUGUCUCAUCAUUAGUCUCUCACUCACAACAACAACAACAACCACAGCAACAACAGUCGCAAAAUAACACAUCCACCAUAGUAAGACAGUCAUUCACUCCUGUUGCUGCCACCACUAUCCCGCCUUCAUCACCAACAGUUAUGAACGGCAGUCAUCCUCCUCUGCAUCCUCCUCCACCUCCUUCUCCACUUGUUAAUCAAAUGACAUCAAGGAAUUUAUCAUCAAAUGCACCAGUACCACCGGUGCCAUCACCAUCACCAGUUAUUCCAGGUGGUGUUGGUGUUGGCGGUUGUCGUAAUCCUUCGUCAGCUAUUCCACCGUUGACAAAUAAUCCAGUCUUACAGACAUUAAUUGAUCGAUUGGGUGGGAAUGUAGAACCUUCAGUAGCUAUGGCUUUAUUUCAUGCUGCACUCAAUGGGGGGAAUGCUACUACUAAUACUAACAAUACUACUACUAAUAAUAAUAAUAAUAACAAUAACAGUAAUAGCGGUAAUCUACGCCGAAAUCUUAAUGGUAAUUCAUCAACUGAUACACAAGUUAAUCCUUAUCUAAGACAUGUAGCUCAACAGCUGCUAGAGAAUCGUGUAUGCAAUGGUAAUGUUAAGCCAACAAUCCCGAUUAGUAGUAGUCAUUCGGAUACCUCACAAAUGCAUGCAAAAAGUUUGUCUCCAUCAGUUCAACAUAUUCCUGUGAAUAACAAUAAUACUAACCAUAGUAAUAAUAAUACUAAUCCUAAUAAUUAUGCUUCAAGUCCUCACCUUCGUCGACCUGCAUCUGCUGCUGCUGCUGUCCAGCAACAACAACAUCACCAGCAACAGCCGCCUUUUAUUGCUCCAGUUAGAAUUACUCCUGUAGACACUGAAAUGAUGAAUUCAAUGGAUCCCACGUCGAAUACGAUAAUAUCGCCACCAGUUGUUCAAUCACGUCUACCCGUUGUAUCUGAUCCAGCUUCAGUGAAUAACAAUCAUAGUAAUAAUAAUAGUAGUAAUAACAGUAAUAAUAAUAAUAAUAGCAAUAACAAUAACACUUCUUCAGAUAUGCAAUCAUGGAAUUCACUAGGAUCGUCUUAUCCUCUUGUAUGGCAAGGUCGUUUAUCGUUGAAGAAUAUGGAAACUCGUGUUGCAUUGCAUUUUGUACAAGGCAAUCAUAAUCUUCUUAACGCGUGUAUGACACUUCUAGCAUCAGGUGGUGGUGGACAACCACAAUUCUCAUUGAUCACAAGUGGUGGCCCACUGAGAAUUGUUCAACGGAUGCGUUUAGAACCUGCACAACUUGAAGGUGUACAACGGAAACUGAAUCAAGAGGGUGCUUCAUGCGCAUGCUUAGCUCUGCCAGCUGGUAGCAGUCCUGUUGAAUUGGCACAACAAACACAAAUAUUGAAUGAAAAUUUUAUACGUUACAUGCAAGAGAAAAUGGCAGCUGGAAUCAUUAAUGUUGGUCAUCCUGAUUAUCAACAGGGUUUGUAUGUAGUGCAUAUCUUUCCACCGUGUGAAUUUUCGCAUGCUCAUCUCAGUCUUGUUGCACCAGAUUUACACAGAUGUGUUGUACAGGCGAAUCAAUCUCAUUUAUUGGUUGUAAUAACAACAGUGUAAUUUUGAAUGCAUGAGAACGAAGGGUUGGCGGCUCAACAUGUUGUUGUUGUUGGUGGUGGUGGUGAUAUUGUACAUAUUUAUAUGAUUAGAAGUCUCAGUUGCUGAAUCUGUCUCCACCGGUGAGGCGCUUGCACAUGCGCUUGAUGCAUAAUCCUCUCUGAUGACGUUAAUGAUGAUGGUGAUGAAGAAAUCGAUUAUUUAUUUUAUUGCUGGCUCUAGUAAGGAGAACAAUCGUAUAGUGACGAUGAUGAUGAAAUCUUGUGUACGCCUACCACAAUAUUAUUAUUAUGUAAUAGGCAGCAAAAGCAAAAUCUUCUCUUCCGUUCCUUCUUUAUUUUGUUUGUUUGUUGAGUUGAGUUGAGUUGUCUUCAUAGGAGAACUUUCCUUCCCCCACUCCCCACCCCACCAGCUAUACUUAUUGUCUCACAUUGUUCAAGCCUGACUGACUGUACUCACUUACAAUCCGUCUGUGCAUCACUUCUUCCUCUUUUUGCUAUAUUUUAUUAUUCCUCAUCAUUCUACAGAGAAAAUAUUCAGGGUAAAAUUCAAUUUCUUCAUCUUCUCUCUGUCUCUCCCUCUCUCAGUCGCUCGUCAAAUGUCGAUUUUUAUUUUAGCCAAUUUUGAUUAAUUCAAUACACAUGUGUGUGAUGAAUAUGCAGUACACGCACACACACACACACCUGGCGCCUUGAUUCCCUUUGUGCAAUAAGUACUAUCUCUCUCUCUCUCUCUGCAUAUAUAUGCAUUGAUUACUCUUGUGUUUUCUGCGUGUGUGUGUGUGUGCGCGCGUGCGUGCGUAUUCUUUCUAAUCCAAAAAAUAUCCCGGUGGUCGUGUGUUGUUGCUCUCGUCCUCUUAUUCCGCCUCUUCCCCUCCCGCAUUCUUGAGUUCUCCUUUUAUAUUCUCUUGUGAUUAUUGUUGUGUUCCUGUCUUACUUUCUUGUCGUCAGUGUAUUAUCUUGUGAAACACAAGCAUCAGCUCCCUCUCUCUCCCUCUGUCUGUCUGUCUAUGAUAUUCCUUCUUUUCUUUCUUCACUUAAAAAUGAAUGUGUGGGCGUUGUGCAUAUUGAUAGAGUGAGUGCUGCUUCCUUCUUUCUAUAUUUCUGCGAUGACACUAUCAUGUGAGAGAGAGAGUAUAUGACGAAGACGCUACUGUAUAAUAUUAUAAAAUAGAGUUCUUAUUUCCAACUUGCUCUACUCUCCAAUAUAUAUAUAUAUAUAUAUAUA